CGAAACAAUCGCCUUCUCAGUGCCCAUUCACCUUUGUGCCAUACAGCUAAUGCUAUAAUUGUCUUCGACAAUGUCGACACUUAGUCAUCACCCGUACGCGUUUUCCAUGCAUCCCGGUAUGCUCCCGGAAUACCCGAGCGCACCACAGCCCUUGCCGGCUUCUUCACCUCAGUCCGAAGGACACAUCAAAAGACCCAUGAACGCAUUCAUGGUGUGGUCCAGGCUACAACGACGACAAAUUGCAAAGGACAACCCGAAGAUGCACAAUUCAGAGAUAUCAAAGCGACUCGGAGCUGAGUGGAAGUUGCUGUCUGAGAUGCAGAAGAGACCGUUUAUUGAUGAAGCGAAGAGGCUCCGUGCGUUGCAUAUGAAGGAGCACCCUGACUACAAAUACAGGCCACGCAGGAAGCCCAAGCCCCCCACACCCGGCAGCGCGCCCGGCGCUGGCGCUUUUCCAAGCUUCCCGCUGCCCUAUUUCGCUGGCCCGGCCCCAAAUGUUGGACAAUUUGACGCAUUAUCAUACCCAGCAGUGUCACCGUACUUCCCUCAUCAAUUGGACCACCUGCAGUUUUCAAAACUAAUGGCACCAACGGCGGAAAAGUUGCCGACGGCAUCGUCAGCGGCGGCAGUCGUUUCGUCGUUCUAUUCGUCUCUGUAUACCACUCCGACGGGACCACCUAAGCCGUUUUCAUCACCUCUAUUCCACCAGUACGGAGUUGCCCCGUCGUCCCCCGUGUCUCCUGUGACUCCGACGCAGCACAGCCCGCAUGAUGACCAGCUAAGGCGGCCGGUCUCCGUGAUCUAUUGAAGACCGCUGUCCCUUCCCUGAAGUGAAUAUCAGUGGAGUGUUAUAGACAAUUAAGACGUGAUUAUUUAUUGUUUUAGAUUAAAGCUUAGUUAAAGUGCGUCAUAUCAAGUGUUCUGUAAAUAUGUUGGAGUAGUUAGUGAGCGGUUUAAGUUAACUGUGAUUUUGUUUCGACGCAUUAUGUAGACUAGCCGCCGUCAGCUAAGUGAGAUUGGUACCAAAAAGAGAUUAUCUUGUAGAUAGGAGUAAGACUGUCGAGACACUUCUUGUCACUAGCUUUCCUUUGUUAAGUUUUAUCGUUUCGACCUCGAGCGAGGUUCGUCUGUAAGUUGUAAAUUAUUUAUUACGACCAGUUAUUGUGAAGAAUUUAUUUGUAAAAUAGUUGAUCGUAUUCUAAGGUUAGCAUGUUUCUUUGUAAAUACUAGUGUUAUAACUAAAUCGAUGUCAUUACCAACGAUGUAUUAUAGA